GUUGCAGGCGAUGACCAUGUACGAUCGGCUCAUCCAGCGCCUGCUGCGGGUCAACCAGUUCCCACACACGGUGAAGAUGGGACUGCGUAACUCCAUUGCGCUGCAUGAAGCAUUGGGAUCGCCAGCCAAGCGCUUCGACACGAUUCACGUCGCAGGCACCAACGGCAAAGGAUCAGUGUCUUGGAAACUGGCCAAAGCUCUGGAGUCGUCCGGGUUCAAGACAGGGUUGUUUGUGUCACCACACGUGUCGUGCUUCCGCGAGCGCAUUCAAGUGAACAGCGCGCUCAUUUCCGAAGACCAAGUCGAGGCAUUGCUGCCGCACAUAUUCGACAAAACGUCUCAGCUGGCCAUCCCAGCCACGUUUUUCGAGCUCACUACGGCGUUGGCGCUGCAGCACUUUGCCCACGAAGAAGUGGACUGCGUCGUGCUGGAGACGGGGUUGGGAGGGCGGCUGGAUGCCACGAACAUCGUCGAACCGGUUGUCUCUGUCAUUACUUCCAUUGGACUCGACCACACCCGCAUUUUGGGCUCCACGUUGCCUGAAAUCGCCAGGGAAAAGGCUGGGAUCAUCAAACCUACUAUUCCCGUUGUCUGUGGGCCAAACACUCAACCACAAGUGAUGCGUGAGUUUGCCGAACGCGCGAAGGCGUCGAUCUCGUUCCUGGACCCACAAGCGGCGUACGCUGACGACUUCAAUCUUGAAAACACUGAUUUGGCCGUCUUGGCUGCCGAAACGUUGAACCAAAGCGCGAAAAGCAAGGUGCACAUUCAACUGGGCAACCCACUCGUCCGCCACGCGAUUGCCUCUCGUCCGCCGUGUCGGUUCGAACAAAUAACUGUCGCGACCAAUAACUCGGACGUGACGGUGGUGCUGGACGUCGCGCACAACUUGCCUGCGUUUGACCGGCUGCUCAAACUUCUCCAGAGCUCGUACCAGCAUCAUUCGUUUCGGUUUGUGUGUGGGUUCUCUGCAGACAAGGACAUUGCCCACGUGAUCGACUCGAUCGUGGCCACCCGCGCCUCCCACGUGCAUUUCGUACAGGGGUACCAUCCACGAUGUGCAUCCGUGGUGGAAAUCCAGCAUGCUCUGGGCGAGAAGGCAUCGUCGGGCUUGGUGUCCUUCCAUCCCUCUUCCCACGAAAGUGAAACCAGUGUACGUGUCGGCGUCAACGCCGCCAUUCGCGCUGCAGCCGCGAGCUCGUCAGACGAAGUUGUGGUCGUGUGCGGAAGUGUGUUUAUCAUGUCGGAAGCCCGCCAAGCGUUGGGAAUCGACGAACCUGUCGACAGCCACGACGUCAAGCAGAUCUCCGGGGUCGGGCUCAAGACGGCCCACGAACGGGAGCAAGCGCUGCCGCGCACAUAGACUACUACUACACUGUACACACACAUGCAGCAGAAGAUAUCGUUAACCUACGUCAAAGUACAGUUUCACACUCGA